AUGUCUGGAAAAUUCGAGCCAAAGGAGCCCGUCAUUCUCAAUCCUCCAAAGGAUGACCCCAUAACCGUAGAACAUCUUUCAAAGUGCAAUGGAACUGACGGCUACCCGUGUUACGUUGCUAUCAAAAGUGUCGUUUUUGAUGUGAACGGCAAAGAGCCUUACCUCCCAGGCGGUUCCUAUAGCGGUACGCAGCCCCCUUCGCACUUUUACAACUUCCAAAUCUUCUCCGGCCACGAUGCAUCCCGGGCCCUCGCGAAAACCUCCACCAAGGCGUCCGACGUCUCUCCCGAGUGGUUCGAUCUGGACGACAAAGAGAAGGGCGUGCUGAACGAUUGGUACACCUUCUUCAGUAAGCGCUACAACAUUGUCGGCAAAGUCGCUGGCGCGACAAAUUUUGAUCCGUCGCUCUGA